AUAACGCCAGCGGCCAAUAUGGCGCCGCGCGCAAAUCAACCGACGUACGACUUCCUUGCUGGGGAACAUCAGGACCCAGGACAGCCGCUACGAGAAACAAUAACGAAGCAGUCGAUAGCCUCCCGACCAGCGAGAGACGUGAUGGAGGCCGAGGAAGUGCGCGUCAAAUUACGGACGCUGCAGUAUGAGUUGGACACAAUCAAACAGGAACGCGAACUACAUCAUCUCCAGCACCAACAGGAGCUUCGCGAGGCUCAGAGUCGCGCAGAGGCCGACUUCAAACGCGCGCAAGCUGCUGAGCUGGCUGCCAACGUUGCGACCAAGAAGGCGGAAGCGUUGUCGCGAAACACACAAGAAGAGCGCGAUCGGCAGGCCAAUGAGAAGCUGCAGCUGGAGCAAAAGGUGCGCUCCCUGCAAGACGACAACCGCGCGCUGCGAGACGAUCUCGAGGAGGCAAAGGCAGACCUCGAAGGCGCUGGACGACAGAAUCAAUAUGCGUUCAGUGAGCUGGAACAAAAGUACAAUGCGUUGCAGGCCUCGUUUGAAGAUGCACAACAGGAUCUAAGUGGCAAGGUCACGGCUCUGCAGGCUGCCCAGCAGAAGCUCGUGCAAAAAGAGACCGAGGUGGGCGAAUUAGAGAACGAGGUGCUCCGACUCAAAGCGCAGACGGGCGAUUCGGACACGCUUGCUGUCAUCAAAAAAGAGCUCACAGAGCAAGUCACGUACAUCAAGAAGCUGGAACAGACCAAUCGCGAGCAUCUGACCGAGCUCAAGCAGAUCCGUAAGACAAGCAAGAGCAUCGAUGUGGUCGAGGAGGAGAAGCGUGCACUGGAGGCAAAGGUGCGCAUGAUGGACGAUAUGCGGAAAGAGCUCGCUGAGGCACAACUACAGAAGCGCAUCUUAGAAGAUGAAAAGACCAGCUGGACCAGUUAUCUGGAUAUGGAAGCCGCUGAAAAUGAGGACUUGCGAUACGAGACACCUGAGCAAAUGGCCCGCGCCUUCUUGCAAGAGCGACUGGAGAGGCUAGACCUGUUGAAUAAAUUGGGCUCCAUUCAACCUGAGCUGUUGGUGAAGGAGGAAAACAUCAGGAUCCUGCAGGACGAGAAGACGCGCUUGCAGUCUGCGCUCGAGGAGGCUCGCGACGCUGUCGCCGCGGCGGGAGCAAAUGCAGACAGUGGAGACGCAAAGACCAUGAUAUCUCGCUUAGAACGGCAGAAGAAUCUGCUCACCAAGGAGGUAGAGUACCUUCGAGCACAGUUGAAAACUUUCGAAGCUGAACACGCAGAAUUCUCGCCCGAACAAGUUGACGAAGCACACGCAAAGCGCAUCCACGACUUGGAAGAAGUACUGGCGCAACACCAGACAGAGGUCCAGACUCUUCAGACGGAACUCUCGAAGCUGCUGGAGAAGCUGGAGAAGCAGCCGUCGAUCCCAUGCACGCCCAAGAAGCGCUCUCGGGAAGAAGACGAUGCUUCGAAUGAGCGUCUUGGAGAGCUCCAGCGCAAGGUUCGCACGCUCCAAACCGACCUCGAGAAGCUGCAGAAGCGAAAUCAGUUACUGGAGGCGGAGCUCAAAGCCAGUGUAUCACAAGUCAAAUCUCUGAAGGAGUCCUCCCGAACUCGCGUUCUCGAGUUUCGCAACAACCCUACCGCAGAGGUCGAAGCGAUCAAGAUGUCCACACUCAACACUCUUCGUGACGAGAAUGCUGCCUUGUUAGCACAACUGGAGGGACAACCACACGGGACGAAAGUGGUGCCUGCGUCCAGUCUUGAGAAUGUCCGUCUUCAACUGGAAGAGACGAAAGCGCAGAUGAAGAAGAUGGAAAAAAAGGACAUGCGACUCCGCCAGAUCUACUCCGCCAAAGCUCUAGAGUUCCGAGAAGCUGUCUGCUCGAUCCUGGGAUGGAAGCUUGAUUUCAUGCCCAAUGGACGCGUCAAGUGCACCUCCAUAUUAUAUCCGACCCAAUACUGCGAUGGCGAAGAGGUCGAGAACAGCAUCGUCUUUGACGGCGAGAACGGAACCAUGAAAGUCAGUGGUGGACCUCAGAGUGUCUUUGCGGGGGAGAUCAAGGAGAUGAUCGAGUUCUGGGUGGAGGGAAGAAAAGAGAUACCCUGCUUCCUAGCGGCGUUGACGUUGGAGUUUUAUGACAAGACUACGAGGGCCAUGAAGAUAUGACCCUUCUCAAUUAUAGAGGAUGACCGGCACAAAAUACCGUCGUGUAAUUGCCUGCGCAGGUAGCAGAAAUUGUAAGGGUUACAUUGCCAUACAGCUGCCGCUUCAGACAAGAGAGCGCUAGCCUUAUACCGCUGCAGCAGGACUUGAGUGCCCCAAAAUCACUACUUCUUGUCAAAUACUACGCAGGCUCACAGAUAAUGUAUAGACAGAAG